GUCAUGGGAUCUAGCUGCUACCGGACGGACAACUGUGUGCUGUGCAUAGUGAGAACAUAUUUGAGUUAGCGAUUGUGUCUGACACAGGAAUCGGCGUGACAGGUGUCACACUUAUAGCAUCUGCUUCAGUCACUGAUUAUAAACAAGAUGAACAAAUACAGAAAACAGAUGGCAGAGCAGUUCCUGAGUCAGGCCCUGGGCAUCAUCUGCCUGCUGACCGGAGAGGAAUAUGUCAUUGUGAAGAAGGGGCCCUCCCUCAGCAGCAUUCACCUGCAGAGCGGAGAGGUGCCUAUAAAGUGUGAUGAUGUUGCUGUGUAUUUCUCUAUGGAGGAGUGGGAGUAUAUAGAGGGACACAAGGAGCUUUACAAGGACGUCAUGCUAGAGACUCACCAAGCACUAAGGACUAUGGAGAUCCCAGGAAAUGAGAGCUCAGAAUCAACGGGUCACAGAGAUGAAAAUCUAGACACAGGAACACAAGGAGAACUUGUACAGAAUAUUCAGCCAGUGGAGACCCCAUCAGACGUCUUUGCAGAACUAACAGGUCACAGUAAUGAAAAUCUAGAUACAGGAUCACAUGGGGACCUUGUACAGAAUAUUCAGCCAUCAGAUGUAUCUGCAAGUGACUUUAAUACUGACGUAGAUGUUAAAACAGAAGAUCAGCUGGAAGCUCCAAUGCAGGAAAUGAGUGACAGUGACAAUGCAGGUGAAAAUGAUGCUAAGAUUUCAUGUAACACAGAACAAACAGAAGAUCAGUGGCUAAGUAAUAUGCCAGGAGCUGCAGAGCAGGACACAUGUGACAAUAUAAGUACAGGAACCCAACACGACCGUCUUAUUGAACAGGGUACACAGGAUCACCGGAGAUCGCCAGACAUGCAAACACCUGAACAGGAUUACAAGACUGGAGCUUCCAGUCAAAUUGCAUUAAAGUCCACACUGAAAGGGAGCUUCUUCCCAAUCUGUGAGAUCUACCAGGGACCCUAUCACUAUCACUUAUAG